AUGGCAGGGGACGGGGAGCUCAACCGCGUCAUCAAGGACCUGCAGAAGACCGUGGCCGAGCUGAACCGCAGCUACCGGGAGCAGAACCUGCCAGUGACGGACGGGAGCCGGGAGCUGCACAGCCUCUGUGCCCAGCUGGAGUUCCUCCUUCAGUUCGACCUCAAGGAGAAGAGGAGCUUCUUCGGGCAACGCAAGGACUAUUGGGACUUCUUGUGCCAGGGCCUGGCGCUGCGCCGGCAGGAGCAUGAGGGCAUUCGCUUUGUCAUCUCCCUGGACAAGCUGAAGACCCCCGUGGGCAGGGGCCGAGCCUUUCUGCGGUACUGCCUGGUGCACCGGCAGCUGGCAGAGUCCCUGCAGCUCUGCCUCCUCGACCCCGAGAGCCUCCGCGAGUGGUACUACGCCCGCAGCCCCUUCCUGAGCCCCCAGCUCCGGGCGGAGAUCCUGGGCAGCCUCUAUGAGCUGGAUGGUGUCACCUUCCGCCUGGCCCUGUGCAGGGCUGACCUGGACAUCGCCUGGCCCAUGUUCUCCGAGACACUGGUACGUCCCAGCCCAGUGGCCAAAAGCAGCCCAGCAAAGACAGCCCUGCAGACAGGUGAUACCGGCACCUUGGCACAUGGAUGGCCUGAUGGCAUCGCCCAUCCCACUGUGGCACCCCGUGGGAUGUCAGCCCACCCGUGCCCCCCCGCCUUGUCUGCCCCACGGGCAGGGGGUGUAGAGAUGGAGGAGGAGGAUGUGGAGGUGAAGAAGAACGUGGAAGAGGAGGAUGAAGAGGAGAUGGAGGAGGAGGAGGAGGAGGAGGAGGAGAAGGAGGAGGAGGAGGAUGAGGAGAAGGUAGAGGAUGUGGAGGUAGACGUGGAGGAGGACGUGGAGGUGGAGAAGGAUGUGGAAGAGGAAGAUGAAGAGGAGUUGGAGGAGGAUAAGAAGAAGGUGGAAGAUGUGAAUGUGGAGGAGCUGGAGGACGCACACGGUGCUGGUAAAGCACCCCAGCCUGAUGGUGAUGGGGAGCCUGGCACGUCCCUGCCGCCCGGCACGGGGUGCAUGCCGGGCUCCUCGCCGCCGGUGCCCGGGCAGCUGGGCAGGACAGAGGCAUCCCUGCAGGCACUGGUAUCCCAGCUGCGGUCUGAGCUGGGGCAGCGGGAUGUGGCAUCGCGGGCGCUGGCGGCCCGGCUGGCACAGGAGGAGCGGCGGCACCGGCGGCAAGAGGACGGCAAUGCCCGGUGGGCCCAGCUGCAGGCGCGCGAGGCUGAGGCACUGCGGGAGACCAACGCCUUCCUGGAGCGGGCGCUGGUGGCGGCGGUGGCAGCGGGGGGCCCGGGGGUGCUGGCGCGGGCACAGGAGGAGGCACGGGGCUGGCGGGAGGCAGCGGAGGAGCGGGGCACCCAGCUGGCCGGGGCGCUGGCAGAGGCAGCGGCACUGGCCUCGCGCCUGCGGGACUGCCAGGCGGCGCUGGCAGCGGUGGGACAGAUGGACACGCUGGAGGAUGGCAGCACCCCAGACGAGGUGGCCGCUGUGGAGGAAGUGCUGCGGCAGGCGCUGGAGCUCGCCCGCAGCCCCCAGGAGCUCCUGCCGGACCCCCAGGCAGAGGGGGAGCCUGACACGGCCACCGGCAUGGCCAUGCGCCUGGCCACCCUGGCCACCGCGGCGCGGGAGGAAGCCCGGCAGAGCCGGCAGCAGCUCCAGGCCCAGCAGCAGGAGGUGGCGCGGCUGCGGGAGCAGCUUGACAGGGCCCGGCAGGACGGCGAGCGCUGGGCAUCGGCACUGCAGCGGGCGCAGCGGGAGGCCCUGGAGCGAGAGGCCAUGCGUGGCGCCGAGCAGGCGCGGCAGCAGGAACUCAUCCGUGACAUGAAGGGGCGGCUGCUGGAGCUGCUGCGGGAGAAGGAUGCCCUGUGGCAGAAGACAGAAGGCAUCGACGCCCCAAUGCCCAGCCCGGCACCCCGCGACGCAGGGCUGUGCACCCGCUGCCACAAGGAUUUUCGCCUCCUCUCCCGGCGGUACAACUGCAGGCUGUGCCAGGGCAAGGUGUGCCACGCGUGCUCCGUGGACGUGGGCAAGCAGGGCCGCUGCUGCCUGCUUUGCUACCAGCAAAAGCACCUGCAGGCUACGUGA